UUCACCUGGCGGGAGCACCCAGGCCCUGCGUGCGGCCAGACGGACGGACUGGUCUGGGACAAGAUGGCGUCCGUGGUGGUGCCGAGGCUGGUGGUAUCUCUGCUGCUGCUCCUCAGGGUCCUGCCCGCGGUGGCCUACUCCGUGCCCCUGCACGCUGCCUUCCUGGAGGACACAGGGGGCAGCGGGGAGGCCGAGGGCUCAUCGGCCUCCUCCCCAAGCCUCCCGCCGCCCCGGACCCCGGCCCUCAGUCCCACAUCGGUGGGGCCCCAGCCCACGCCCCUGGCAGGCCCCAAGCCCCCCACCAACUUCCUGGACGGGAUCGUGGACUUCUUCCGCCAGUACGUGAUGCUCAUCGCCGUGGUGGGCUCCCUGGUGUUCCUGCUGAUGUUCAUCGUCUGCGCCGCGCUCAUCACCCGCCAGAAGCACAAGGCCUCGGCCUACUACCCCUCGUCUUUCCCCAAGAAGAGGUACGUGGACCAGAGUGACCGGGCCGGGGGGCCCCGGACCUUCAGCGAGGUCCCCGACCGGGCUCCCGACGGCCGGCCCGAGGAGGCCCUGGAUUCUUCCCAGCAGCUCCAGGCUGACAUCCUCGCUGCCACCCAGAGCCUCAGGUCCCCCGCCAGAGCUGCCCCGGGCAGCGGAGAUGGAGCCAGGAUGGAGGGCAAGUCAGAGGGAGAGGAGAGCGGCGGCCGGGAGGCGGACCAGGAGGCCCAGGGAUGUGGGAGCCCAGCGGAGAAACCAGGGGUGCUGGAGGAGCUGGGCACAGCGGUGGCGGAGGGGGCCCUGGAGGCCGGCCAAGGCCAAGGUGAGCCGGAAGCGGCUCCUUUGUUAGCCCAGGAAGCCAGGGGAGCCGCUGGUCCCCCCGAGAGCCCCUGUGCUUGCAGUGUCGUCCCCAAGGUCUAACAGGCCUCUGGGGCUGCUGGCCCCGACUGUCGGACUCCUCGUGGUCACCUCCAUGGGUGUGGAAAGGCCCUUGACCCUUGCUGCUCCCCGACACCCCCUCCUUGGCCACCCCCUGCUGCAGGCAGAGAUGCUGGUCUCCAGCGUACCCCAGGAAUCUCCCCGGGUCCCAGGACCAUUUGCCCCUGCGGCCCCAAACACAACGUCUCUGGGGAGGGGGGGAUGGGAAGGAUCCCCACUAUAUUCAUGAUACCAUAUCCCACGAAAUCAGCCCCGUCACUUGGGCAGACAUGCCACGGUCCCCCGGGAUGGUGCCAACAUUGCCGCUUUUCCAUGGAAGUAGGGAAGACAAGUCAGAGUAACUAGGAGUUUGGGAUGAGGGUGACUGGGACCUGCCGAGGCCCCCCCAGCCCCCCCCCUCACCCGGGCGGAAGCAGUUAAAGCUACUGCAGAAGUGGGUCUGGGGAGUCAGGAAGCUUCCGAGAGGCCCGUGCACACAUCAUGACAGGUCCCUACGUCAGCAUGUCCAAGGCUGGGUUCCCCGAGCUACUCUGUGGAAAAAGGAUUUUGGGGGCCAGUGAGUUGAGGAGACACUGCCUCUCCACUCCCUGCAACCCCCUCCACCUUAGAGCACCCCAGGGCUCUGCAAAUACUC